AUGGUUGAUGAUGAGCAUUAUGAGCUAAUGGCAUCGUAUCGCGAUGUUAUUCCUUGUUCGAUUCCAUCAAAAUCGAUUUAUGUGCAUCAUGGAGGAUAUUUAAUCUUCGAUCCGUUAAGAGCCUACGGUAAUCGUGAUGAUGUACUUAUGAGUGUACAAUUCCGUGCUGGCAUUGAUAAUGGUCUCAUAAUGGGACUGAUGACCAAUAAAGAUCCCGAAAAUAUUCGUGUUGCUGUUUAUUUAAUGGAUGGCAUUACCACAUUCGAGUUGGUGAACAGUGCGAAAAACCGUGAUCUAAAGCAUGUUUUUGGUGCGAAUCUUUGUGACGGCGAUUGGCAUACGAUUAGUGUUCAUCUUUCUGCCGAGGACAUCACGCUCACAAUUGAUGAGAAGAGAACGCGUUUACCAACGAAGACAACUGCCCAAUCAAUCGCACUGUUUAGAAGUCUUCCGGUUAAUAUCGGUGGCGUUGCGACAUCAACGGCUGAGAAGAUUGGUACAACUUCAAUGAUGGGCUGUUUCCGACAGUUAAAACUUUCCGGACAUAGUGUUCCUCUGAAAAAGGCGAAGAAGACGAGCAAAGUGGCUGUCAAUGCGUGUCCUUAUAUGAGUUAG